UAUAUAUAUAUAUAUAUAUAUGCUAAUCUUAUAAAUAUAAUAUUGGUUUAUUUAUAUACGUAUAUAAAUAUAUUCAUAUUCAUUGUAUAUAUAGAUAUUAGUAUAACACAAGUUUCUAUACAGGAUAUAUAUAUAUAUACAUAUACUUCUAUAUAUACUGUGUAUAUCCUAUAUAAAUUGUGUGCUCUGGAUGUAUUAGAUUUGUAAAAUAAAUAUAUACUUACAGUGUUAACAGUAUUAUGAUAGGCUAUGUAUUACGUGUGCGGAUGUAGUAUAAUAUACUACAUAUAACUACAAUUUUCGAUUUGCUGCUCGUUGAUGCAAUCAUAGAGUAGUAAAUCCCUUAGGGAACGGCAAAAGGAAAUUGUCUUGCUCUUAAAUAGCAAAUUGCAAGGAAACUGUAUCUACAAGAUUUUUGCCCAUCAAGUUUUUAUCCACAAUUCUACAAACGUUUUAUUUCACGAUUGAUUAUCACUAUCUUCAGUUUUUGUAUAUACAGGCACCUGCUAUCGAUAAGAGAAUGAUGUGAUUGAUAUGGAGACGUCAACGGCCGCUAAUAAUACUACGGCGGAAGCGGCGUCGAAUGACGGAAAUCAACUAUUGCGUCCCUUAUGGGCGUCCGUCCUGCUGAUUAUCGUUUUAGGCAUCAUCAUUCUCCUUACGGUUCUCGGUAAUCUGCUCGUUUGCGUCACCGUCGUCACGCAACGCCGUCUUCACACGGCAACAAACCUAUUUGUAUUCUCUCUAGCCGCAACAGACCUUAUGCUCGGAUUACUAGUUCUUCCUUUUUCUAGUUUAACGACAAUCUGGGCUAAAUGGCCUCUUGGAAGUGUUUUUUGCAAUAUAUAUAUUUCCAACGAUGUCUGGUUGUGUACCAUCUCAAUACUUAACCUCUUUGCAAUAUCUCUCGACCGUCACUUGGCCGUCACUAGGCCUUUUCGCUACGAGUUUUUAGUAACAAAGAGACGAGUUUAUAUUUGCAUAGCCAGUAUUUGGUUGUCGUCACUUCUUCUUGCUUAUGUACCUAUUCACGUAGGAUGGAAUACGGAGAACGGCUGUGUCCAAAAUGUAAAAAAUCCUGAAAAUUGUAUCUUCGAGCUGGGUAACAAAACCUACGCCAUGUUUAUUAGUAUUGGUACUUAUUUUGUUCCUCUCAUCAUCAUGUGUGCAGUUUAUGCGAGAGUCUAUUCCAUUGCCAAAUCACAAGUGAAACAAAUUAAUUCAGUUGUUAAAAAUGGAAAUACAUCAACAAUUAAAAAGAAAAAAAAAUUAUUCCUUCGCUUUGGACAAAGUCGAAAAAGAAGCGUUAAACGCGACAGCCAGAGAGGAGCUGUCUCAGAUAGAAAGGCCACAAUAACUCUGGGAUGCGUAGUGGUAGCUUUUGUAGUCUGCUGGGUGCCCUAUUUUCUUCUUUUCUCUGUCAAACCGUGGUUACGAAAUAAAGUGAACAUGGAUUUGGAUUUGUUCUGUUUAUGGCUGGGAUAUGUAAACAGCACACUGAAUCCAUUCCUCUAUGCCUUCUACAACACGACAUUCAGAACAGCCUUCCGAAGAGUGCUUUGCGGUAAAAUAAGGUUUUUCGGAGACGAUCGCUUAGAAGCCUACUGCAGAACACCACCUCCUCCACCCCCUCCACCUAUAGCCUCCUGCAGCGCCGACGAAAGCGAAAUGACCAUGCUCAAACCUCCUUACUCUUAUAAUAAUUAA